AAUAUGUUUGGCAGGAAGGCAAGAUCCAAUAUACGUUUGCCGUUCCAUCACAUUGCUAAAAAUGACUUUCACAAAGUCAGUUGUAUUCAUUGUGCUCACUGUAGCAUUGGGAUCUCAUUCUCUGCACCCCAUAUGGGAUGAACGAUUUCAGGAUGAGUGGACAGGAACUUGUGCAUCUGGAUUACUUCAGACACCCAUUGCGAUACCCUCCAUUUCUGAACGUAAUUUAACGCAAUUCAUGACACUUGAGUUCACCAACAUGAAGGUGCCAAUUAACCAAGUUACGGUUACCAAUCUGGGACGACACACUCUGUUCGAAUGGGAACGAGACGGCAGUGCUCAAUAUCCACAAAGAUAUUUUAAAUUAAAAACGUCCCAAGACGUAGCCCCAUUCCGUAAGGGAAAGAAGUACGUGCUUCAAAAUGUCCACGUCCAUCACAAUUUAAAUGCGCACACUGGCACUCUUCAUGCUAUUGAUGGUUGGAAGUACGCCAUGGAGAUGCAUUUGCUGUUUCUAUUACCCGAAUUCGAUCACGAUUAUUUGAGAGCGUUCGAAUCAGGUCCCGGAAACGCAUUCGAACUGUCCAUCCUCUGGCGCUUGUCGAAUAAACACAACGCUGCGUGGUCUCUACUGAACGAUCUGACCCUUAGCCAGAAAUUGUCGGAAAACCAAACGAUCACUUCGUCGGGUGAAACGAGUUUUCGCUUAAGUGACUUUAUACCGAAAAACAGUCACUUCGUGCUCUACCCCGGAUCCAUGUGUUUCAACAACUGUCUGGAAACGAAUACAUGGAUUGUGUUCGAUCAACCUAUGGACUUUGAUACGGCUGAUUUGGGCAUGCGACAUUGGACGUACAUUUCGGACGGCGUUGAGAUACCGCUGCAUAGAAAUAUUCGGCACAUACAGUCGCGUAACGGUAGACCAGUUUAUCAUGGUAUUGCGCAACAGGUGAUGUUCAAGGAUCCAAGUUGUCGUGUGUAAAUUAACGCUCGACUAAAUUGAGGAGAAUUUUUAAAAGUU